ACUUCAGUGUUAAUUUCGUCGAUAAAAAAUCAAGCAAUCACCGAAAUGUAUGGGUUUGAUUUAACAAGAAAUUAUAAAAAUAAAAGAAUUUGCGCGCAACCAGAAACUUUCCAAGUUUUUGAUAACAACUAUUCUGCAUCAUCUUUCAGUUCCGUUUAUUCUAAUAUAACUGAUGAGGAGGUAGUACUCUGGAUUGAUAUUGCACCGUCUGGAGUAGAAAACAAAUAUAUCAGCUUUUGCAAAGUUUUUCAUUUACAGCAACCGUGUUUUUUCGAUGUAAUCAAAAAUUACACUUCAGAACCCAAUCAAACCAUUGUCUACGACUACAACGGUAAACGUUUUACUUACCUCUCAAACGAAUACAUCCCACUUGCAAAUGGUGUUGGGGUAUGUAAAGAAAGUGACAAAAAUAUUUCUUUGAAAUGGAAAGUUAAAGUUUUAAACGUUGCAAAUAUUAUAUCAAAUAUUGGAACAUCAGUAAGUGUACUGUGUUAUUUAGCUAUCAUAAUUGUUUACAUCUACUUUAAAGAACUUAGAACAUGGUCGAGUGUGACGUCAACAACUUUAUGUAUAAAUUUUUUUUGUGCUGAUUUUACAUUUUUAAUUUCAACACAAGUCAACAAAAAUAGAUUAUGGUGCGAAGUGUUCUCCAUACUUUUACAUUGGUUUCUGUUGGUAGCUUACCAUAGUCUCCUUAUCUUAGCGCUCGACGUGGCUACUACGUUCGGUUCUCAUAAUCAUCAAUUUUCAAAACGGAAAAAGUUAAUUCAAUAUUUUAUUGUAAUUUAUGUUGUACCAUCAAUAUAUUUGUUUAUAAAUGUUACGUUGGAAAAAACUGGUGUCGCGUAUAUUGGUUAUGGAGAUGGAAUAUGCUGGAUACAAGAAUUUUACGCAAAGCUUUUCUCUUUUAUAAUUCCAAUUGUGAUUAUUAUUUUUACAUCUUUAUCGUGCUUGUUAUUUACCGUUUAUAAAAUCACUCUGUCAGAGAAAAAAAGCAUCAAAGUGUUUGGAGAAGGAAGAACAUCUCGAGUUGAUGUCGCGAGGGUAGCUUUGAAACUCACAUUAAUACUUGGAGUAUUUGAGUUACUUGGUUUUGUUCAAAUAAGUAAAGUAUCGUUGUCAGAAGGAGAAGAGACCUUUAAUACCAUUGUUGCAGUUAUAUACAUGGUUUUUAGAUCUGCAAAAGGAAUUUUGUUGUUUGUUGCUUAUAUUUGCACGCAAAAAGUCCAAAAAAUAAUUACUAAGUUAACUCUAUUCAUUCAAACUAAAAGCAAAGGUAACACUAACACACGGGAAGAAAAGCAUUCUUAA